GAUUUAACAUAGUCUAGUUAUUACUUGGAAAAUAAGUGCUCAUAAUUGGAGGAAAAAAAAAAAGGAAAAGGCAAAAAUUAGAUUCAAAGUAUCCUGCAUUCGUCUUCGAACUCAGGGUUUUAGGUAGGCGUCCGGCAGAAUCAAAUCGAUUAUCCAGAAGCAAGAACUGUAAGAAUCAGUAGGGGCUCACCAAAAGCACCGCAAUGGGGUGGAUUGGUGACACCGUCGACUCCGUCAAAUCUAUUCAGAUUCGUCAGCUUCUUUCGCAGGCUCUCACUCUUGGUUUGAUCGUUACAUCUGCUCUUAUAAUCUGGAAGGCGUUGAUGUGCAUUACUGGCAGUGAGUCUCCUGUUGUUGUGGUCUUGUCUGGAAGCAUGGAGCCUGGCUUCAAGAGGGGUGACAUUUUAUUCUUGCACAUGAGCAAAGAUCCUAUCCGAACAGGGGAGAUUGUUGUUUUUAAUGUUGAUGGUCGUCCUAUUCCAAUUGUCCAUCGUGUAAUUAAGGUUCACGAACGUCAAGAUGAUGGAGAAGUCGAUGUACUCACUAAAGGAGAUAACAACAGAGAUGACGACAGACUCUUGUAUGCACGCGGUCAGCUCUGGCUUCAACGGCACCACAUCAUGGGCAGAGCUGUCGGGUUCUUACCAUACGUGGGAUGGGUGACUAUAAUCAUGACUGAGAAGCCAAUUAUAAAGUAUAUCCUCAUUGGUGCACUGGGUUUGCUUGUGAUGACUUCCAAGGAUUGAGAUUGAACCAAAAGCUACGAGUUUUGGCAGUUACCACAGAAAAGUUGAUGAGAAUCAUUACCAGCAGCAACUAGCCCAUUACCUUGGUUUUCACAUUCUUCUGUAGGAAGAACGACCAAAUUCCAUGAAAUAAAUUAGAUAAGAUUGUUUCUCUUUUUGCAUUUGAGUCAGAAUACCAACAUUUACAGAGUUAGAAUCCUUUUAAAAAAGAAGGCUUCUGAUGAGUAUUGUAAUCAAAGCACUAGCAAUUGCCAAGCCAACCUUAAGAAGAGAAAAAAAAUAGGACAUCCAAUUUUGAUA